AUUUCAUGAAUUUAUAUUUCAUUUUAACUGUAAAUUUAUAAUAAGAAACAAAAUAUGUUAUUUGAAAGAGAAAUAAUGUAUAAUAUUAUUUUUGUUGUUUUAAUUUUUUUCUGUGUCUGUAAUGCCGAGGAAAGAAAUAAAACAAAUGGACUUUUUCAUCUUCUCAGGAGAGUUGAAAGAAAAGUGAUUGUCGAGGCAAACUUUAACAAAUUAAUAGAUGAAAAUUUGCCUAAAAUUCGUGGCUCAAUAAUUGCAAGUGGCAUGGAUCCAUUGGAAAUGGAUGAUAUGUUAAUUCCAGUAACGGGUUUGCCGGGAAUUUUCAAAGGAAAAAUGGCUUUAACCGACGGUUGGCUUCAACAAUUGUCACACAUUGAACGAAUUGGAAAUUCACGCAUGUGUUAUUCAGAUAGGAAACUAUCGAUAGAAAUGAAUUUAGGAUGGCAAAAUUUGUCGUUCGAUUAUCGAUAUCUCUUUGAGUAUUUGUUAUACAAAAGAAAAGGAAAUAUUCAUGGAGUUGUGACCCAGGCAGAUAUCUAUUUUAAAAUGAUUGUGGACUUUGAAACAACACAAAUUAUAUUAGAAAAAGUGAAAUUCAAAAAUUCUGGUAAAUACGACUUGCAAUUUGAAGGACAUAUUACAGAUACAAUUCUCAAUACUGUGGUUAAGGUUGUAACGAAUUUUUCAAAAGAUUUUAUCACACGGAAAUUGCAAAAAAUUUUUCACACUAUUGCCGAAUUAGAAAUUAAGGAAUUAAAUAAAAAUCUUAAAGAAAUCCUUGGAAGUUAUAAUAAUUUUUGAUUAUAAAAUUAUAUAUAAUGUAUUAUAUAUUAAAAUAAAAAAUCAAAUUAUUGUGAUAUUUCUUAUAUACUA